CGCCCCGCCGUCGGGACCGACGGGGGGGAAAAUGAAUCCCGCGCCCGCGGCCCCGCCGCCGGGGCAGCAGGUGAUCCACGUCACGCAGGACCUGGACACGGAGCUCGAGGCGCUCUUCAACGCGGUCAUGAACCCCCGGCCUAGCUCCUGGCGGAAGAAAAUCCUGCCCGAGUCUUUCUUCAAGGAGCCCGACUCGGGCUCGCACUCGCGCCAGUCCAGCACAGACUCGGGUGGCCCCCCGCCGCGGCCCGCCGCCGCGCAACACGUCCGCUCGCACUCCUCGCCCGCCUCGCUCGUGGGCUCGGCCGCCGCGCCUCAGCACGGGCACCUCCGGCAGCGCUCCUACGACGUGACGGACGAACUGCCGCUGCCGCCCGGCUGGGAGAUGGCGCUCACGCACACGGGACAGCGUUACUUCCUCAAUCACAUAGAAAAAAUAACAACAUGGCAAGAUCCUCGAAAAACUAUGAAUCAACCACUGAAUCACAUGAGCCACCAUCCUGCAGCUACUUCCACGCCAGUACCACAGAGGUCUAUGGCAAUGUCUCAGCCAAAUCUCGUUAUGAAUCACCAGCACCAAAUAACAGGCAGCACAUCCAUCUCACAGCAAAGCUGUCCUUCCCAGGCUCCGCAGCCAGGUCUGCUGAGCAUGCCCAGUGCACUGACUGCGCAGCAGCAGCAGCAGCAGAAGUUGAGGCUCCAGCGAAUCCAAAUGGAGAGGGAACGAAUUAGGAUGCGCCAGGAGGAGCUAAUGCGACAGGAAGCUGCAUUGUGCAGGCAGCUUCCCAUGGACUCUGAAAACAUGACUGCAGUUCAGACAGCCAUGAGCACAGCUGCCAUGACCCAAGAUAUGAGAUCUAUUACAAACAAUGGAUCUGAUCCUUUCUUGAACAGUGGGCCAUACCAUUCCAGGGAACAGAGUACAGACAGUGGCUUGGGAUUAGGAUGCUACAGUAUACCAACGACACCUGAAGAUUUCCUCAGCAACGUAGAUGAGAUGGAUACAGGAGAGACUGUAGCACAAACAACAAUGAACAUAAAUGCACAACAAGCGCGCUUCCCUGAUUUCCUCGACUGUCUUCCAGGAACAAAUGUUGAUCUUGGGACUUUGGAGUCAGAAGACUUAAUCCCUAUUCUCAAUGAUGUGGAGUCUGUACUCAGCAAAAAUGAGCCCUUCCUUACAUGGCUGUAGUCACCCAUUCUCUAAUGCUGAUUCAGUGUGAAAUGCAAUUCAGCAUUUAUUUUUCCUCUUUAGAUAGAGACAAAAUAUCUGAAAAUUCUGAGAGAUCACUGCCUUAGUGACUUUUGUUAUGUCAUCUUUAUGGUUGGUUUAAUCUCUGCCUGGAUUUGACUGACACUAACUUAAAUAUGAAAUACAUAUAGAGAUAUACAUAUAUAAAUAUAUAUUUCUUCCUCUUUUAGAAAAUAUACACUACGCAUUUUCCUUUUCAGAUCAGGCAGAAAUGUUUCACUCUAAGGACAGAAACUGAAUGAUGUUUGUGUAUGCCUGUGACUGGUCUUCUAGGUAUUGAUUAACAUCACAAACUCUUAAUGAAUCACAGAGGCUGACUCCUAGGUCACUUGGUUCACAGACUCUGCACAGCAUCAGACCAUGCAAGCAGUUUUAUUACUGCGUUUAUGACAAUAGUAUCAGAGGCUUUUUUUAUCAACUUACUUAAGCUUUAAAAAUCUUUUUUUAAUUAUUAUUAGGAAAACUGUACUGUAUGGAAUAUAGAUUAAAUCUGAUCUAUAUCAGCCAUAAUAAUUUUCAUAUAUUUGUAAAGGCACAAGAAGUACUAUUGCCAUUUCUUUUUUCUUUUUUUUUUCCCCAGUAUAUUACUGUAUAGUUUCCAGAUAAUAACUAUGCUUAAUUUUUGAAAGUACCAGUAUUGUUUAGCAACAGUUUCAUACUGCUACAGUGUUGUAAAACAAUCCAACUGGUACUAACUGCUGCCUUUUUAAAAUAAAACAGUGUAUUACAGACCAGCAAUUUUUUAGUAGAUCUUAGAUUUUGAUGUUUAUUAUAUUAAGCAUUACAAUUUUGUAAUGUAACAGAUGAACAAACAGUUUGUCCUAUAUAAUAAUACAUGGUAAUUAAAUGCAAAAAUGUGCUGUUGAGGUCAGGACAGAAAAACGUGUCACAACCUGGUAAUAUCAUAUGUAGUGUGAAAAAAACGCUUGUAGUACUGUUUUUAGUAAUGUUUUUAACUGACAAUGUCAAACUGUACAUGUAGUUCUAUACAUGAAAAAAAAGAUGUUAUCUUUAUCAGGGCAAAACUAAGCAGUGUUAUUACUGUUCUGGUAAGGCUGCACCGUUCUUAAGUCUGUCACUUACUGUAAUCAGUGUACAGAACACACAGCAUAAUGUUUUUGCACUCCUACAUAUUGUAUUCCCUACAAAUGCUUCUUUUUCAGAGGUUUGGGACUGAAUAGGCAUCAAGGAUGUUAAGCAUACACUUCCCCUGAAAUGCAAAUGAAGUCCUAAAAUUCUUAAAUAUUUUGAAAUUAUAUUAUUUAUGAUCUAUGAAUUUAUGCCUUAAAUAUUGAAAAAUAUGUAUUUUUAUGAAAGGCACUAAAACUUUUCUCUGAGCUUAAUCCAGGCUAUGCAGAGAGAGGAAGAGGUAUGGCACUCAGUGUAAAUGGCUCUUGUUCAAUUUAAUGAUACUUAGUAAGAUCUUACCAAUGCGCUGUAAUAUUGAUCACUGAAGACUUUUUCCAUCUGGUCGCAUGAAUGUAGGUGUAAAGGUCAGAGAUUAAGUUACAGGAACAUGAGAAGGUUUGGGAGUCAAAUGAUUAUGUGACAAAAUUUGAUCCUUAGUGGGAAGGGUCACUGCAGACUGCGAUAUACAGAAGGUGAGUCACUGGUGUUCAGCAGAAGACGUGGUGGAAGAACUGAUGCAGUAAACUGCCCUGUGAAUGACACACAGCUGGUGUGCAGUAUAUGAAAGGUGGAAACUGAAAUGCACACACCAAAAGUUGGAACAGGAGAGGGAAGGCAAAGACCUACAGUCAUGAAGUUGUACUACAGAGGGAAAAGCAGCUCUUCUUGUAUUUUCUCUUUUUAAUAUAAAGCGAGAUGUGACAGCAGAAUUGUGUCUGCACAGAGUAUAAUUACUGAAUUGUCACUACUUUUCUUUUUCUUUUUUUUUUUUGGAAGGGAGGGGAGGGAUAUUUUCUGUUUAUUUGUUUCUUUUUGGUUUUGCUUUGUUUUUAAUGUUAGCUGGCAUGUCCAGGGAAGAGAAAUUCCUUUCCAACAAACAAGGGACCGGGCUGGGCCAAGCAGCAUUACUGUAAUUAUGAAUAGCCUCUCUCUUUUAAGGAUCUCUUCAGGGUGUCAGCCUCAAGACAAAUGGAUGUCCUCAGGCUUCGUUCUGUAUUGACACACCUGAUGGCAUGGUAAAGGGAGAUUUUUGGCACCUGACUUGUAGGCCACUCUCCAGUGCUGCAUUGUGGCCUGACAGACUGCAGGCCGUCAGGGCUGGAAUAAUUCACAGUGUCUGCAGAGCUGUGUUCUCAUGGGAUUCCCUUGCUAUGGCACAUCAUUGGGUCAUGUUUAGAAAAUACAGUUUGUCCAUCUGCCAGUACCAGUGUCAAUUUGGGUCAUAGUGCAUCACAUUCCAAGCAGGUCCAGUGUUCGGCUGAUGCAGAGUAGGCAGCCAGUGCUGUUUGGCUGCACUGGUUUUCAGUAGCUGGAGAUGGCAGCUCUUGCAUGAGAACUGAUACCAUUUUCUGGUGCAGUCUGAUGUUAUGCAAAAUUAGAGAGCUUAAGAGCAGCUUGCUUUGUCAGCCGUGUUUUGGGUGGUUGUGUGUCAGGGUUCAAAGGGGUUAAAAAGGCAAAAAAUCUGAAAUACGUUUCCAUAUUACUUCCUAUUGAUAAAAUCACAGUUGGAAAAGGGAGGUGCUAUUACCUGAAAAACUGCUGUCAGUGUAAAGCAGUGACCAAAAUCUUAGGUCAGAUCUUUACUCAGUUGUGAUCAAAUCAUAGUUAAGGUAGAAGUGACGGUUUACACUGUCAGCUUUUCUUCCUAGUAAUGGAGAUUACAGCUCAUGGGAGUACUGCCAGGAUGUCAUGGGGAGCGAGGGGGAAGGGGGGGCGGUUUUGCCUAUUUGAAAAUGAAUGUUUUGGAGUGGAAAGAGAGGAUUAAAAUGUCUGUUUUAAGCAGAAAAACAGGGAUGUUCAGGUAAACUUGUUUUCUGUUAUACUGCAUCCCUGUACGUGCUAACACUUUAACUUUUUUAUUUACCUAUUCAUUUUGUUAAAUGAUGUGAGCAUUUGGUUUUAAUUUAGAGUACGUUGCAGCAGACCAUAUGUAUCAGAAGCACACAGAUCAACCUGUUGUAUCAGGGCUUUGAUUCUGUGCUUUUUAAGAUGUUUUUCUCUGAUCUCGUACAUGAAAAAAUACAUACAUGAAUUGAAACGUUUUGGAUGCAUAUCCGUGCUUCUUUUGUUUAUUUAUUUAUUUUUUUCCCCUUUGGAGGGUUUUGCUCUGUGCUUUCCAGAGAUCCAUGCUUGGAAUAAAGGUAAAGAUCUGUUCUGUGAAAAAGGCAUACACUUUUAAUUCAGUGAUUGGCUCCAUGCAAAAUAAAAGCAUUUUACGUUUACA